AUGCCUAGAAAAAAUAAGAGAUAAAAUACAAAAAAUAAAUCAGAAAAAAAUCUAGAACAAAAUGAAUAAGAAGAGCAAAUAGAAUCAGCUAAAGAUAUUGAUAAAAAUAUAUAGGGUUAAGAAAUUUAAGAAGAAAAAAGUAGUAAUUUUAUUAUAUUUCAGAUUAAAGUAAUGAUUAGGUUCAAUAAUAAAUAGUGCAAGUUUCAAAUAAUGAAUAAACACAAGAAUAAGUUGAAAAUAAUAUUAAAUAAGAAUAAAAGGAUAACUAAGAAUAAAUUGAUAAUUCUAAUUAAGCAACAAUACAACAAGAUAAUAAUGAGCACAACUAGUUUAACAAUAUUUAACAAUAAUAAUAAUAGAAUUGCAUAACCUAAACAUAAGAAUAGACAAUCCAUACAUAAGAAGAAGUUUAAUAACAUUAAGAAUAAGAAUAGAUAAAUUAAGAAGAGACUUAAGAUAACAAAUCUACAACUUUAAUUCAAUAGACAAUAGAAGAUAAUUAGUAAUCAUAAGAGGAAAAAGUAGAACUUAUUAAUACUGGAACUUCUAAUUUAUAAGUAGACAAUGUUACAAAUCAAUAAGUUUAAUAAGAAAAUUCAAUUCAUGGAUAAAAUAAAAAUGAUCUAUCCUAAUAAUUUGAAGAACCCAAAUUUCAAAGUCAACCUGCACAUGAUUCUGUUAAUGAAGAUAUAUCAAAACCUUCUUCAAAACCUAUAUUCUAAAGUGCAAAAUAAUAAAAAGAUGUUGAAUUACCUUAAGAGACUUCAAUCUAGGAACCUGUGAAGGAAGUUGAUGUCGUUAAUAUUUAAUAAAAUGAAGUUGUUAUAAAUGCUUAAACUCCUAUUAUUGUGGAAAAAUAAAAUGAUUCAGUUAUGAUUGAAGGUGCUCCAUAGACUUAUUUGAAAAAAUAAAAUGAUGAAGUCAUUUUAGAGAGAGUCUAAGAAUAAAAAAUGGAAAAUUAAGAUUAAUAAACUAAUAUUGAAAUCUAGCCAAAAAUACAUAUUGAAUAACAUUAAUAAAUUUAAGUAGAGAAAUAACCAUAAACUGAAUAAGAAGUAAUUAUACAAAGAACAGAAAAUCAAAACUAAGUUGAAACUUAAAAUAAUUAAAUAGAAAUUGUAACAGAAGAAAGUACAAAAGUGUAAACAGAGAUGGUUAAUUAAGAUGUUUACAUAUAAGAAAUGCCAGCUGUUUAAUUGAAACCUCAAUAAGAAGUUGAAAACGAAGAAAUCAAUUUGAUAUCAUAAAAUUUAGAAACAUAAAUAGAGAAAUCUCCUUAAAUUGAAAUUCCAAUUAAUUCAUAAACUACAACUCUUCUUGAACAUCCUGUUGUUAAUUUAGAGGUUAAUCAAUUCAUUCAUCAAGUACAACCUAGUCCAGAUGUUAAUACAGUUUAAACUUAAUAAACACAUUCUAUUGAAAAUAAGCCAUAAGCAAUUAUUGAGUAAUAAAAAUAGGCUUAAUUAACUGUGACAGCUCCUUAAACAGAAACUCAAGUUAAUAAGAUCGAAUCUAAUUCAGAACCUUAAUAAAUUUAAAAAGUGGAAUCCUAGCAAUAAUAAACAUAAUUAGUUCAAGAAGAUGUGAAAGUCCAGGUUUAAUAAUAAGAGGUUAUUGAACAAAAACAAGAACUAUAAAUUGAAUAAAAUACUAAUCUUGAAGGAGCAAGUCAAAAUGACACUGUUGUUAAAGUUGAAGAACAUCCAAUAGAUUAGAGUAAUAAUUUAUAAAUCUAAUAAUAAUAAUAAUAAUAAUAAUAAUAAUAAUAAUAAGUUCCUAAAUCUGCUUAAAAUCAAACUUAAUAAAUUGAAGAUUAACAACCAUUAUUACCAUAAAAUGAUGGCGAAUAAUAAGGAUUAAAUAGAUCUCAUCAAAAUACUAAUCCACCAACUUCAUAAAUAAUGACAUAAAUGCCUCAAGAAAUAAGUGCAUUAGGUUUAUCUGUUGCUGCAGCUGCUGGUGCUUCUUAAUUUAUUUUAAAAAAUGGAAUAAAAUCAAAAGAAGGUUUAUUUGCAGCUUUGGCAGGUUCAGCUAUCUUGUAUGCAGGAUAUAGAUUGUUUAAAUCAAAGAGUUAAUAAAAUUAAAAAUAAGAUUGAGUUAUAUUAAUAAAUAAUAAUAAAG